AGGUUUAAAAGGUCUUGCUGUAGUGGAUUCUCAGCGUGAAGAAACUUUCACAGAUGGGUGAGGCUCAGGCUCAUGCAAAUGGGGAUAAAAAGAGAGUUGUUUUUGUGACUGUUGGGACUACUUGUUUUGACGCUCUAGUUAAAGCGGUAGACAGUCCUCAAGCUAGGAAAGAAUUGUUCAAGAAAGGCUUUACAGAUAUUAUCGUUCAAAUGGGUCGUGGAAAGUAUGUUCCCUCAAAGCGGGCUAUGGAAAAUGGAUCCCCAGCUGUGGACUAUUUCACUUUUUCACCAAGCAUAGCUGAAUAUCUGAAAUCAGCUUCUCUUGUUAUUAGUCAUGCAGGUGUCCCAGUGAAAAUGAUGAAUGUUAGAGGCCUUGCAGACUUGAAGAAGAAGAAACCCUCCAAGGGCCCGAGGGGGACGGACGCCGGUGUCCCAAAACCCGCCGGUGACUUCUUCAAAAAACCGGAGGGGCCGUCGGCGGGCCCAAGCGCUGAUGCUGCUGCUGCCGCCAAAAGGAAGAGCUCGGGCAGAGAUCCCGAGGGCAAGAAGCCCAAGACCGGGGAUACCGGGAAGAAAUCCCCCCCGGUGAUCAUUGUUGAUGAAGGCCCUGCCCCCGGGCCAGAUGAGGACAUGCAGGUGGGGAAGGUGUCGUCGGGAGUUCAGGGGCCAUCUUCCGAGGUCCUCAUGGUUUCCCUCCCGGCUGGUACGGCCGUGAUGAAUGGUACCGCCGACCCGAGGGCGCUUCUGCGAGGCAUCACCCUCGAGAUUGACAGGGUUGCCCUCGGGGCUGAUGAAGACGAAGCCCUCGAGGACAGGAUCCUCCGGUCCUCCCUUACAACCUGCAUUGCCCUCGGGGAGCAAGCCCGGCGGCUAGAGGAGUGGCGCCUUCGCAAGGCCGAGCAGGAGGCCAAGAUGCGGGAGCUCAUCCGCCAGAAUGCAGACGCUGUGCGGCAGAUGGCCAUGCUGGAGGAGAGCCUUCGGCAGAUGACCCUGCGAGCGGAGGCCGCGGAUCGGGGUAGGGCAGAAGCCGAGAGGUCCGCAGCUGAGGCCUUGGAGAAGGCUGCCAAGGAAGCCGAGGCCGCGAAGGUUGAAGCCGUCGAGAGAGCCCGGGAGGACGCAAUCUCGGGGUUCUUGGCAGGGGGAUGGCGGUCCGAGGAGCACAAGCAAUGGCUGUCCUCGGUCGUCGAGUCCUCGGUCGACGAGUGGUGCGAUGGGCCUGGCGUGGAGUGGGUUUCCCGAAAGGGUAAACAAUACUACGAUGGGGGCGAGUUCUUCACUCAAGCCCUCAUCUAUCGGAGGAUGGCUCGCCACUUGAAGAUCGAGCCAAAGGACUUUGACCCGGCAGCAUACGGGCUCCCCCCCUGCAGCCAGACAUCCGCGUUCCCCUUCCCCCCGAUGUCGAGAGGCCAGACCUAGAGGACUCUGAGCUCAUGAAGGAAGCCGAGGGCGACGAACCUGAGGCCGACGCAGAAGUGACCUCGAAGCCAUCGGGGGAGGCGGCCCCCGGGAGUAACAUGAUUUGAUAUGUACUUUUUAUCACGUAAACAUACAUUUGUAAUGAUGACAUUAUUUAUCCCUCGGCUUCGGCCUGCUUGUAAUAGUAACAUCGCAAUUACACUUGCUUUCUUUUUGAUGAUUGAAUGAUCGCCUUCGGGCUUUGUAUAUAUGACUUGUUCC